AAUGGACGAGCACCAAUCUCUCUCUCUAGCAUCUUACAACCAUUUCAAAUCAAUUGUUUUUUGAAAAUAAUAAUCUCUUAAAAAUAAAAGUAAUAUGAAUAAUUUAUUUAGUGGCCUCCCAAUAAAAAAGACAACAAUUAUAGGACCCCUUCAUCCCCCAUUUGCACAUGCUGCUCUGCCUCUUUCUUUCUUCAUUGGCGCAUUUUAUCAAACAUUUCUUCUGUCUUUCUCUCUUUGUUUUCCCUCUCUUUCCCAGCAAUAUUUCUCUUCCGUUUCCGAACGAAAGAGAAGAAAAUCUGUGGGAAUCCUGCAAUUUUUAACAACAGAGAGAGAAAGAAAGAAACAUUCAAUUUUUUAUUAAUUCAAUCUUUUUCUUUUUUGUAUCAACAAUGGAGGUUUUGAAGGCUUCAUUCAUCAUUUUGGUUGUUUUCUCUCUUAUCUUUGCAAUGGCUCAGGCUCAAGCCGCUGCUCCUUCUCCUGCCCCUACUAGUGAUGGGACAAGCAUUGAUCAAGGAAUAGCAUAUGUGUUAAUGUUGGUGGCCUUGGCGCUUACGUACCUCAUUCAUUAAACAUGAUUGCAACAAUGGUCGAUGGAGGGCUCACCAUCAACAUCAUCACUGCACCUUAAACACAGGAGUGUUUGUGAUUUUUGGUGUCAAUUUAUAUUAAAUGAUAAAAUUCUGAGAAUGGAUAGUGUUUUUUACUAUUACCAUUUUGAUUAAUUGAUGCUUAGAGUAUGAUUGUGAAUUGUGAUUGAUCAGGAAGAGGUGUAGUUGAGCCCUUUUAGCUUUGUUGUGUUGUUUACAUCUAAUAUGUAUUAGAUGUUUUAUUGUCAGUUUAUUUGCACAUAAUUUCGUCUCA